AUGCUCAAUUUUACGGGCCAAACGAAACGGAGGACUGUCAAUCUAGGUUCAAAGACCAGAAAAACCCGGUCAGAGAUCCUAGAAAAUGCCAGAACCGAACGCCAACGACGGGCGACAGAAAAGAGGAAUUUCGAAAGUGCUUUGACUAUCCAGAGUAGCAUUAGAAGGAAAUUGAGUAAUGAGAGGUUCUUUCGAGCGGCAGUAGGGAAAUUAGAUUCCAGAACGGCAAGAAUUCUUUUCCUGGUAUACCCGAUUCAAGUUCUGGAAGAAUUUGGAGCUGGUGACCUGGAGAUCGUUUUGAGGACUACUAAUGUUAAGAUGUUACGGGAGAGGGACAAACUACUGGCCAACCAUGCUUUAAUUAAGAUUCUUGAGUCGAUUGGCAAGUUUGAAUGCUCUUCCCAACUCUUGGAUUUGAUAAUAGAAAGCUUGGAUACCGAGCUUAUACCAACAAGAGAGUUUGUCACGGCCUUAAUAAAAUUAGUGCACGAAGCCUCUUUUCAAGUGCCCUUAAAUUUCUAUCAGAAAGUUUUAACUUUAUUUGAUGUCGUUCAUAUCCAGGAUGUGGAGGUUAGAGCGUUAUUCGCAGUAAACAGAUCAAGUGCAGUAAUUAUUACCAAUAUCGACACCUUUUUGAUGUGUAUCAAGGACGAAUACUGCCCCGCGAAUUUUGCAAAAGACGCCUCGUUGGCCGAUCUGCUCGACAACCUUUCGUACGUUUACAACCAUUCUAGUGGAAAUCGACAAUUGGCAUUUGCCGAUGCGAUCAUAAAAUGUCUUCAUCUUACCUCGCAAGAGGAUAUGCAAUAUUACGAGGAGUUCUCAAAGCUUUACCAAAGUCAUUUAAUUGCUUAUCUCGCGCAAAAUGAGUCUCAGGAUCGAUUUAGCGACGCUGCCGCUUUUGUUAAGUGUGCGCCCAACCAGAAUUGUAAAAGCAAUUCGUUGAUUAAACUACUCUCAAAGUCGCAUUUUAUGGCUGAACUUCAUGAAAAGACGUUCAUGGGUUUGACCAUGAAAGACCCCUUUGACCGGCCGUCUCUUUUCAGCCUUUUCUCUUUGCUCAUUGACUUGGUGGAUUUAUAUCUUUCGGUCACAAGCGAUCAUGAGAUAAUGACCAGUAUCAAGAUAUAUUCUUUGAAGCACUUGAAGCAACUAACUGACUACUUGAGGCGCGCGACCUUCGAGAAUCUCUGGAAUAGUAAUGAGCGUGGCUCAUCAAAUGAAAAAAGAAUGCUUGUUCUGUUGAACAGGAUUUAUCUUCGAGACUCAAGGCUACAUUUCUGUUCCACGCCUACUGAUAAACAAUACUGGAGUGUACGGGAUGAAGAGUUCCUUCAUGUCAACAUAUUUAAGUUUGUGGGUGAUUUCGAGAUUUUCUAUAGGCAGCAUAUGCAUGAUGAUGAUGAGGAAAUUGGAGGCUACCCUGUUCAGUCAAGUGUCAGCGAUUCAUCUCUCAAGGAGAAGUUCUUGAAUGAAAUAAGGAAAUCCUUCGGCAGCCGCGAUCCAACUAGGCAAUUCAAAAAAACCGAAAUUCUUGCCAAAGCGCCCUUCUUCAUACCCUUCGAGCAAAGAGUUGAGCUCUUCUACUGGCUGAUAUCCUUGGAUAGGAAAAGAUUAGGCUUAGACGCAAUGGAUCCCGGUUUUUUCGCGCCAUGGUCGUCUAGCCCCAUGAGUACUCGUCAACAAGCUACUAUCUCUCGAGAGCAUACAUUAGAAGAUGCAUUCAAGGCAUUUAAUCCAAUAGGUGAAAGCUUAAAGUCUCGUCUAGCAGUGACUUUUGUAAGUGAAUUUGGGCCAGAGGCAGGCAUUGAUGGAGGCGGUAUUACUAAAGAGUUUUUGACGAGUGUGACAGAAGAGGGAUUCAAAGCGGACACGAUGGAACUUUUUAAAGCGAAUGAAAAGCAUGAGAUUUAUCCUUCGCCCAAAAUCAAUUCUAAGCAACAUUUCAAUUAUUUGUUUUUCAUGGGCAAAAUAUUGGGCAAAUGUCUCUACGAUCAUGUCUUGAUAGAUGUUGCGUUUGCUGACUUUUUGCUGAAGAAAAUGCUCAGUAGCCAAAACUCCUUCCAGUCCAGCUUUGAUGAUCUGGCCAGUUUGGACAGCACUCUGUACCGGAAUUUGGUUAAAUUGCUUGCCAUGGACACCAAAGAGCUGGAAUUGUUGGACUUACGGUUUGAGGUAACAGAUGAUGAGUCUAAACAAGCCGUGGAGUUAAUUAAUAGGGGCUCUCAAAUACCGGUGACAAGAUCCAAUGUGCUCGAAUAUGUUCUUUCCAUUGCAGAGUACAAAUUGAACAGAAAAUCACGAAUUCCAACUCGCUACUUCUUGGGAGGUUUAACUGUCAUGAUUCCAGCUCACUGGAUCCAAAUGUUCAACUCUGUUGAGUUGCAAAUGCUUAUCAGUGGCGGUGGCAAAGACAUAAACCUUGCUGACCUGAGGGCAAAUACAGAAUAUGGUGAUUAUGUCGACGGCGACAUUACAAUAAGACAUUUUUGGGACAUCCUUAGAGAAUUUUCACCGGAACAACGUCUCAAAUUUGUCAAGUUUGUUACAUCUGUUCCAAGAGCCCCAUUGCAGGGAUUUGGCUCUUUAGACCCGCAUUUUGGUAUCCGAAACGCUGGCCGUGACAUCGCAAGAUUACCUACUGCUUCUACAUGUGUCAAUCUACUAAAAUUGCCCGACUAUCGUGAUAAAGAUUUACUAAGACAAAAACUACUGUACGCUUUGACUUCGGACGCCAGAUUUGAUUUAUCAUGA